AUGACCGCCCCCUACUCUCAAGCAGACAUUCUUGCCGCCCUGUCCGCCCAAUCUGCACUCCCUCGGACCACCCCGACUUAUCCCUUCUCCUCGUUCCCCACUCCUCUGCUCCAACUCACCAAUUCCGUCCCCGAGGAUAAGUCUGAAUCCCCAAAGACAAAUGGAAGAAAGGUGUACUGCCCCAGAGAAGGGUGUGGAAGCGUGAUCAUGCAGGCAGGCGUGGGGAACUGGCUCGAUGUUCCGGGGGCUGUUCUCCCUGACGAUCCCGAAUCACCCUUCCCUCCUGCUCAACCCCCUCACGCUGCUUGGCACGUCCCGAAUGGCCCCUUUGAAUUCGACAACAUUGGCUUCUCCCGGCCGGAUGCUUCGGCCUCUCCUUUGCCAGCCCAUGCUCCAGGGUACUCGGCAGAGAAGAAGGUCAAGUGGCUGAUAUGCGGAGAAUGCGAUCUUGGGCCGCUGGGGUGGAGCUACGAAGGAGGGAAGGAUGCGUGGCUAGGAGUCGAGAGAGUGAGGUACGGGGAAGGCAAGAAGCCGCUGGAGUAA